AUGGAAGAUAAAAGCAAGGGCACCCCACAAUCGGAAGCCAUUGGAUCGUGGGAGACGAGAUGGAUGGAGAAAGAUGAAACAGGGUUCGCACUGCUAUCGUCCAUCAUCGCCAGCUUGACGCUUCACAAGCCAACUCUCCUCGAAAGGCUUACGGAAGUCAAACUGAGAGCCAAGUCACCCGUUUGUGUCCAGCUGAACUGUCGUACACGAAGUAGGCGCGCUUUUCAUGCAGUUGCUGGACAGAGGCAGAUAGAAUUGGGAAGCAGCUUUCUAGCCGAACUGUCAAACAGCUCAGAAAAGGACAAGCCGUUUUCAGGUCGUGCUGGAGAGCUGCACGGGAGAAAUAGCGAGUUGCGCUGA